AUGGAGUUGCCCCCAAUGAUAGACUGCGUACGCAUCGUCUUCGUGGCCAGCGUCCUCUUCUUCCUCCUGUUGGCCCUCCUAUAUCUCUCCAUCCUCAACUGGGCCAUGUGCGGAACCCCAGCAGACGUCAAAAAGGUUACCCAGAAGCACUGGACCAAGGCUCAAGUCAGGGAGAGGUACGAGGCGAUCAAGGCGAGGCCCAUGACCAUCAGCUCCAUCGCCCACAAGCUUCCCCCGCAACUGCAGAGGCGCUACAUCGUCACGGGCGGCUCCGGUUUGGUUGGCGGCUACAUCGUGCUGUUGCUGCUCGCCCGUGGUCAACCGCCCGAGAGCAUCCGCAUCGUCGACUUUCAAAAGCCGCAUCGCAACGACAUGGUGGUCGGCCCUGCCGCCGAGGUGGACUUUGUCAAGACCGACAUCUCGUCCAGGGCCGCCGUCGCCCAGGCAUUCGCGCGACCCUGGCACCCUUCUGUUGCGCAUCUGCCCCUCACCGUCUUCCACACGGCCGCCGUCAUAGUGCCUUCUGACCGCUCCGAGCUGGUCUCUGGUCUGUGCCAAAAGGUCAACAUCGACGGAACUCGCAACCUCAUCGAGGAGGCAAAGGCCGCCGGUGCCGACGUCUUUGUCGCGACGUCUUCGGCAUCGAUCACUAUAAGGCCUGUCGAGUUCUGGAUAUCGCCGUGGGAGCUCCUCACCAAGGGGCCGCGGUAUCACGCCCAGGUGCUAGACGAGAGCGACUUUUGGAAGCCACUGCGGCCGCAAAACGAAUAUUUUGCAAAUUAUUCUGCGAGCAAAGCUCAUGCUGAGCGGAUAGUGUGUGAUGCCAAUUCGGACAAGAUGCGGACGGGAACUAUCCGUCCCGCCAAUGCCAUCUAUGGAAACCCGAUUGAUAACAUUAUCGGCGGUUCACUGGCCAUGGUGAUAUUCCCAUCAUGGACCCCUCAAAUCGCUCAAUCAUACAUACACGCCAUCAACUGCGCCGUCGCCCACCUCAACAUGGAGGCGGUUCUGGACCCGGUCGACUCGGCCUCGCGUCCACAGGCCGGAAGACCCUUCACGGUCACGGACCCCAACCCGCCCAUCACGAACAGGACCCUGUGGUCGAUGAUGUCGACGCUGAGCAUCACCACGUUCCGGACCGUGCGCAUCUUCUUCCCCGUCGUGGUCCUGAUGGCCGCCCACGUCAUUGAGUGGUACUCGCUGCUCCCGUACCGCUAUCCUCGCUUCAAGCGCAUCUUCCCGCCCCUGAACAACGACAUGAAGCACCUCAAGCCGCCGCUCUUCACCAUCACUACGCACCUCGUAGCCAACCACCAGGGCGACGCCACCAGGCCCGUGAGCGAGGGCGGCCUCGGUUACACGGGGUUGACGACCAGCAUGGACGGCAUGAUCCAGGAGGUCUUGGAGUGGAACCAGGAGCACGAGGGCGUCAGCAGGAGGAACAGGCGCAAAUACAUAAGCUCCGUGACGUUGGCCGAGGAGAUCAGGAAGCUGGGUGAGGCUGCGAUGGCGGUGGGAGGUUGA